UGAUACAGCCCGAGGGACUUCUAGCGAGACGUUCGGAGAUGGCUUGAACAGAACGACAACGGCACAACGAUGCACCAAAGUUGCGAUACUUACCGCGGGACCCUCCGCCAGGACUGUUCUUCGUCGAAGGGACAAGAGUGAUGGACGACUUGCCCGGUAAGAGAGCGCAGCCCAAGAGUAGCGCGAGCGAGCGGAGAAGGGUGACACUCGAAGGUAGGCGAACGCAGCGCUUCGGAGGCGCGGUCGAUGCACGUGCGCCUCGCGUUGCAGAUGGGAGCGAGCCUGCGGGCGGCCUGGACCCGCUCGGCGACGACGCGCCCGACAAGCCAACUGCGGUGGACAGCGGGCGGCUCGGCGAUCCGUUCGGGCUCGGGCGUCGCGACGACGGCGAGACCGCCGAGCCAGUGAGCGCAGCGGCGAGGCCGAUGCUCCCGAGCGACCAGUCGAGGAAGUCGCUGAUGGAGGAACUGUUCGGCCGCGAGGCGGACGCGAGGCCGGGGCGCAGCGAGGGCGCGAGCGCGGGCUACUCGCCGAGCGCGCCGAGGGAGCCCCGGCGAGGACGGCGCGCCUCGGCCGCGGCGCCGCAGAGCAGCGACCCGUUCGGCUACCUGUCGGCCUCCGCCCAGCAGUUCGGCGACGCCCUGCCCGACUGGCUGACGGCCCCGACCCGGCCCGAGCCCAAGUCGCCGCCGGCGCCCCCGGCGGCCCCCCCGUCGACCGCAGCUACGCCCGGCGCCGGGCCCGACCUGACGACGACGCUGCUCGGCAUGGAGCUCGAGCGCCGAGCCGCGGCGAUGGACGUGCAGCGCCAGGAGCACGAGCUGCGCACCGCGGCGGCGCUCCGCCGGCAGACCGACCAGCUGAACCGCCUGCUGGACGCGCAGAAGGCCAAGCUCGACGAGCAAGAGAGGCGCUUCGACGCGCUGAUGGCCAAACAGCUGGAGAGGCAAGCGCUCAUAGAGGCGCAGAUAAGGGCGCAGCAGGAUCGCAUAGACGGCCACCUGCGAAGCCUCGCGGCACAGCCGACCGCACUGCCGCUCGUCUGCCCCGCGGCGCCGGCCAACGAUCCCGACAGCGCCAAUGCCGAAUCGACGGAGGCCACCCUGACGAGCCUGAGGGAGAAGCACGACCGGGAAGUGGCCGUGCUCGAGCAGUCCUUCAAGCAGCAGGUCGCUCGCUUGCAGGAGGCCGUGCUCCAGGCGGACAAGUGGGCGCAAGACCGCGUCGAGGCCUUGGACGCCGAGUACAGCUCCAAGAUCCAGAGGCUGAAGGAGGAGCUGUCCGACUGCGAGAGGGUCCGCAAGGAAGAGAAGGCGCUUCUCGCGGAGGAGAGCUCGAUACUGCUGCGGGACAUUCAGGUGCGCCAUCGCGACAAUUUAGAAAUGUUGCAGAGGGAGCACACCGAGAUCAUCGACAAGCUGACCAAGUCGAGAGAGUCGGAACGUCAGGCGAUGGAAAUCAUGAGGACGGAUGGGACGAACGUCCAGAGUAUACUGAGUAAAUCACAAUUGUUGAUGGAGAAUCUUGAAAAUUUACAGCAAAAAUUCGAAAAUAAAGAUAAGCAUUUCGGCGACGUACAGGAGAAUCAUUUUAGUAUUCAACAAAAAAAUAUCGAAUAUAUGAAAAAUCUACUAGAAAGCCAGAAAGAAGCAUUUAAUAAAGAAAAGCAAACAUUCAUAGCGACAACGCAAAAACUCGAAUCAAAUAUAGCAGACUUGACCAAAGAAUUCAGCAAGCAAAAUGCUAGCUUACAAAUCAGCGAAGAAAUUCUUAAAACUAAAGAGCAGGCUUUGCUCAGAGAUAGAGAAAUAUUUGCAGACCAGAUGAACUGGGAACGGGAAAGGCUAAAGUCUAUGAUGGAUGCUUGGGCUAAAGAAGAAGAUAAACAGUUGGAAUGGCUUGCUCAAGAAAGACAAGCUGUUGCAUCUGAAAGAGCAAAAUUGCAAAUUUUCAAUAGAUUGAACCAUCAAGUUGAUGAAUCAUCCAAAAUUGAAUUGGAAGCAGCUAUAAAAACUGCUCAAGAGGCAGCUUUCAAUGCUAAUCAAGAGAGAGUAAAGUGGCAACAAAAAAUACAAGAAUUAGAUAAGAAAAAACAUAUUCUGAAAGAAGAAGAGCAUCUACUUGUUCAAAAAGCCAAAGAACUGCAAGAAUUCACACAGUCAGCAAUAUCUAAAAGAGAGGAAGGACUGAAGGCUUUGAAAGAAGCUCGUUUUAUUGAACAACGCUACAAAGAAAAAUUUAAUCAAUUGCACUCUCAACAAGAAAUUUUGAUAGAAAAAGAAAGUAAACUUGCUACUGAAAAAUUAGAAUUAGCUAAAACAAGACUAUCACUAUACGUAAAUGAAAUUGAAAAACCAGAGAAAGAUAUAGAUGAUAACAAUAAAAUUUGUCGAAAUAAACAAGUUUUGAAUCAUUCAGAUGUGCCAACAACUACAAGUGAAUAUACAACAUACUUUAAGGACAUUGUGGAUCCACAUUUGAUCACUUUGAAGUGGGAUUUGGAAAACAAUUUAGGUUUUUUACAAACUACUUUUUGAUACUAAUCAAUAACUUGUGAG